UUUUCAACUACGACAGAUGCGAGCGGAGAACCACUUACGACCAACGACUCUAUUGACCUCCUCCUGAUCUCGAUUCGCCCGUUCCGCCCGCUUCCUGCUCCCAUCCAACUACAAACAAACGGAGAAGAAAAGAGGAACUGAGCCAUCAAACCCAACUCGACCUUCACCAUGGGGCCGGCUAGCGUAAUUAUCCUCUGCAUCUUCCUCGCAGUGGUGGCUGCCGCCAUCUUCUAUGUCCUCAUCUCGCGCGCCCAAGCAACACGUCUCGGGCUUCCACCACCACCCCUCACCUCGUACAUCCCUUUCUGGCCCGAGCCCUCAAACUCUCUUCCCUAUGCCAACAACACCUCUUCUUCUUCCGGCGGUAUUAAGGGCUGGUUCGGAAAGUUCAAGAAAAACAACAAUCGCACUGCAGCUGGUGCCUACGAGCCUUCCGGUGCUAACGCCAACGCCGCCCGGAGCCGCGGCUUCGGACCCCUCGAUCCGGAUGAGGCGUGGGAUGCGCGCGUUGGACAAGAGGCAGAUGGCUAUGGACCCGCAUACUAUGAGGAGACGGAAAUGCAGCCCUCUCGGCACAACAAUCUUGGCGAUGAUACGAGCUACGGAGGAAGCAGCUACCAGAUGAACCUGGCGACCAACCCCGGCAACAGUCAGCCUGGCACUGGCACUGGCACUAGCAACCCGUUCGCAGAUCCCGAGGAAGAGAGAGGUAGAAGGAGAAGCCGUUCUCCUGGCCCGGCUGCGACCAAGGGCUUGAGUGCGUCCGCCCCCCAAAACCCAUUCGACGAUGCUGCCGCGGAUCACACCAACGUUAGCAUGAGAGGCGUCAGCCCCCGUCCGAUCGAGGGCACGGGAGCCUCAAAGCCGAGUGGUCACAACAAUGGCGAGCCUGAGACCCCAGUGGAGAGGAGGUCUAUCUUCAGAGAGGAUGUAUGAAGAGAUGACCGCAUGAAUGAUUAACACUGUGGGCAGCACAACGAAAGGGAUAAGAAAAACAAUUCUCGGCUUUUUGAUCACCACGAAACGCACGAGGUAUGGUCUAC